CAUCGCCAAUCAAGAUGCCACCAAAGGACUCCAAGAAGGCUGGAAAGCCGACCAAGGCCGGCAAGCAGGCCAACGCCGCUGCGAAGGCCACUCUGAGAGGAGUGAAUUCGCACAAGGUUCGCAAGGUCCGACAUUCGACUUCGUUCCACAGGCCGAAAACCCUCGAGCUGUCCCGCGCUCCCAAGUACCCCCGCCGCAGCAUCCCUCACCAGCCCCGUCUCGAUGCCGCCAAGAUCCUCGUGCACCCGCUCAACACGGAGAGUGCGAUGAAGAAGAUCGAAGAGAACAAUACGCUGGUCUUCAUCGUCGAUGUCAAGGCCAACAAGCGCCAGAUCAAGGCCGCGCUCAAGACCCAGUACGACGUCGACUGCGUCAAGGUCAACACCCUCAUCCGCCCGGACGGCUCCAAAAAGGCCUUCGCCCGGCUCACCACCGACGUCGAUGCGCUGGACAUUGCGGCGACCAAGUUGGCGAUUGUUUAAGCAUGUGGAUCUAAAACGGGGCUAUGGGAACGGGUUGAAGGUGCCGGCUACGGCUGGCUGGGCUUUUCAUUGUGGCAUGGAACGGCGUUUUAACGACUGUAGUAAAGACGAGACGAAUUCAAAGUCUUCGAAUCCAAAGCCCGAGAUUAGCCAGCUAGAUGAUUUGAAUUGUGCAUGACGAUAUCUUUGUGAUUGAUGACCCUCCUGGAGGUUUUCGUAUUUGUACAUUUAGAAUACGAAGUACACCAGACUACGCCUAACGUAACUCUUUCCUAAGCCUACUAAUGUACAGUGCCAUGAACUUAUUCUGCCGGCCCAACCCAGGCGCUCAUGCAAUGAAUAUCGUACAGCUCCGCAAUGCAAUCCGUCGCCAAUUGCUCUGCUCCAUCAUCUGAUGAAUAUCCCUCAUAUCUCCAUU